GCAGCGAACCAAUAUACCCGGAAUCACAUUGCCGCGCCAACCACCGCGAGAGGAGUGUGUGUCGCUUGCCACGCUGUCAUUCAUCUUUUUCGGAGCGCGUUGCUAUACGAAUGAAAUGUACUACAGUGUAUAGAGGUGUCGCACACGCACCGUGUGUUUUCACUGUCUAACCUCGCGCAAUCUUUUCCAUUCGUUGUCCGUUGCUCAGUAGUGAGUGAUAUGGACUUAUCCGCAGAGUGUAGUGAUCGUGUGAAUUCGUGAGAAUUAAAAGUGUCAAGCGGAGGGAUUCUAACCUAUUUGCGGAUACAUGAAUUGUUAAGUGUUUCUCUAAUCGCGUUUUCCUCACGACUCGACCACUCCAUUGGCGAGCGUACGUACGAGAGAGUCGCACUUAACUCAUAAUAUAUGCUGGAUUUUGCGCCGAGAAACGACAAUCUCGACUUGUCUUUGAACGUUCCACAACAUCAUCAAGCAUCAUACCAUCACGACAGCUACAAUAUGUCGGACCAGACAUUUCAUACACCGAGUUUCGGUGACGAGGACUUUGACAUACCAACCAUUCAUCCUCAUUCGCAUCAGCAGCAGCAGCAACAUCAUCAGCAACAUGACUCCAUGCAAGCAUAUGGUCAACCACAGAUGAUGCAAGGUAGCGGUAUGCAACAAUCACCGGAUGGUCUGAGCCUGGAUGCUGGUGGAUAUCAGCAACAGCUCUAUUUACAGCAAGAGCAUUCGAUGCAACCGAUCAACGUCAGUUCGGCGUAUGGCACUUCUCAAGGUUCAUACACGACAAUGAGUUCUCCGCGCCAGCAGCAACAACACAGCGGCCAACAAUUGUUAAUGUUGCAACAGCAACAACAGCAGCAACAGGUUCAGAUGCAACAUAUGCAGUAUAUGCAUUCUCAGCAGCAGCAGCAGCAGCAGCAGCAGCAGCAACAAUUACAACAGCAACAACAACAACAACAACAACAACAAAUGCAAUACAGAAGUCCUACUGGAGGCAGUCCAACUACUAUGCAAGCCAACAAUAUCCCGGAGACGAAUAAUAAUACUACGACUAGCGAAGAUAGCGAUGAUAGCACUCCACAUUCUGGAAUGAUUGCAAUGGUUAAGCGUGAGCCACCGUCGCCAGAACCAGCUGACGUUGGAGCGAAGAAUCAAAGAAAAACGAAACCACAGAAAAAAAAGAAGAAGCGAGAUCCUAACGAGCCACAGAAACCAGUGUCAGCAUACGCCCUUUUCUUCAGAGAUACUCAAGCAGUAAUUAAAGGAAAACAUCCAAAUGCCAGUUUUGGUGAAGUAUCUAAAAUUGUUGCAUCAAUGUGGGAUGCAUUAGAUCUUGAACAUAAAAAUUAUUACAAAAAGAAAACCGAAGCAGCUAAGAAGGAAUAUUUGAAAGCUCUUGCGGCAUACAGAGCAUCUCUUGUGAGCAAAGGAGCGGGUGAAAAUGAACAAAAACAGCAAACACAGCAGCCACAACAACAAAUGCAAUACAGUGGAUAUACAGGAUAUGCCAACAAUACUCCGCCAGGAAAUGUUACAUAUCAAGUCUAUAGUCCUCAGCAUCAACCUUCGUCGCCUCAACAGCAACAUCAGCAGCAACAGCAGCAGCAGCAGCAACAAAUGGCUGUUAAUAAAAAGUCAUCUCAUCAUUUAGCCAUGCAAGGAAAUUCUCAACAACAAAAUUUAAUGGGCAAUGUAAUGGCACCACCGCACAUGACACAACAGCAACAGCAGCAUAUGCAACAGCAAAUUUCACAACAGCAAUACAUGCAGGUGCCUCAACAACAAGUGCAGCAGGUACAAGUACAGCAACAACAGCAGCAACAAAUACUACAUACAAGUCCAUCUAGAGCAGAAUUUAUAAAAUCUGAGGAUUUAUCGAUAAAGUCUGAAACUUUAUCUAGUUCUUCGUCGCCAGUAAAUCCUUCACAAGUCGCUAUGACAGGACAAGGACCAUCACCUUGUAUACAUCAGGGAUGUCCUAAUCCUGCUAUAUCUAAUAAUGAAUGGGAAGAUGAAUACUGCAGCAACGAAUGUGUGGUCAGCCAUUGCAGAGAUGUAUUUAACACCUGGGUGUCUUCAAAUCAAAAUCCUCAACAAAACUAUUCUACAGUUAAAUAAGUGUUCUACAAGAAAUGAACAACAAUUAUUCAACAUGGCCUCACAGCUUAAUGGCCCGUUGUUAAUCUGUAAAGUAAGAUAUUUAAAUGCAUGUAUAUAUACACACAUAAACUGGUGACUGACAACUUUUUAAGGUGUCAAAACUAUUCAUGCAGCAACAGAGAUACAAUAUUAGAAAAGUUGAUGGAUAAUUUGAAAUGUGAAUGAUAAUUGUAUACAGAUACGUUCUGUAUGUGUGUGCAUGUCGGAGAGAACAAGAAGACAAGAGAAAAAAGAUAAAACGAUAAUAGUAAAAUAAAGAUAAAAUUGUUUCUUUUAGAAAAAGUUCUUAGAAUAUAUAUUGAAAAGCCUUAUCCAAAAACUUAUUACUCUGGCCAAAGGUCUUUGUUUGUAAGGAGUGUAUUAUAACUUGAGUAAUUUAAAUAAGUGCAUUUAUUUACACUUAUGAGAAGUUAAAUAACAACCAAGUUUUUUAUAUUCUCAGAUACUCCUUACUAACAGGCAAAGCGUGCCAAUUGUACAGACGUAUUUUUUUUCUAAUAUUAUGUAGAUAGUAUUGCAAUUUUUUAAAAUUCACUGAAUAAGAACUAAUUUUUUUAAUUAAAUCAAUCUCAACUGUUUCUCUAAAUUUUACACAUGUCAUUUUGAUAUAGUCAACAAAUAACACAGUACAAGCAGAUGAAAGCGGUGUAAAAUGUAUAAAUAAGUGCACUACGUUCAAUGUGUGUUUCGUUCAUGCUGUGAGAGUAAUGACCAGAUGAAAAGAGGACUUAUACAGCAAAUAUUACAUGCAAUAGCUACUAAUUGUCAUGUUUUAUUUUAAUAUAUAAGAUUUAAGAAUAAAAAUUAUAUUUGUUAAUAUAUU